AUGAUUUAUCAUGGCAUCAAGAAUACUAUAUCAAGUCAUCGACGACGUUAUGGACUCAUGAAUAAAAUUGGAACAGGUUUUCGAAGAGUAUUUCGACGAUUUGGACGUUCAUCAAAAUUAUUGAGCGAAAUGGAAAUACAAAUAUUAUUAUCAAUAACAAAUUUUACUCGUGAAGAAAUUCUACAAUGGCAUGAAAAAUUUUUAGCUGAUUGUCCACAUGGUUAUAUGACUCGAAAAGAGUUUAUAUUAAUGUAUAAAUCAUUAUGUCCAACUGAUGAUGCUGAACGUUUUGCUGGUCAUAUAUUUCGUGCAUUUGAUAUUGAUAAAUCAAAUACAAUUGAUUUUCGUGAAUUUCUUAUUGGUUUAUCAAUGACAUCAACAACAAGUUCACCACAAACUAAACUUCGAUGGAUAUUUCAAGUAUUUGAUAUUGAUGGAAAUGGUUUAUUAACACGAAAAGAAUGUUUAGAAGUUAUUGAUAUUAUUGUAAGAUUUAAUCAAACUCAAUUAACAGAUGAAGAAGAUCAUGAAACAGAACGAUUAGUUCAUUCAGCUAAACGUUCUAUGAUGAAAAUAUUUGAUAAUAUAUCUGGAGAUCGAUGUAAUGCAUUAACAAUGACACAAUUUAUUGAAGGAUGUCAAAAAGAUGAAUUUAUCUCAAAAUUAUUAACACCAACUCCAGAAUCUGAAAAUGGAUCAACAAUUAUACAAAAUACAGAGAACAUUCCGAUAGUUAACGAAUCAUAA